AUGGAUCUUCCUCCAGUUAACGGCACCCACGACCACGAUGCUGUCCCUCAGCUGGUCAAUGGUGCCACAAAUGGCGUCAGAGAGCCAGUGAUACCGAAAAGCAUAUUUCUCAGGCCCGCGGAAUCUGAUACUAUCCACGACUUGGUUUGCGUCGGCUUCGGACCCGCCAGCCUUGCAAUCGCUGUCGCUCUCCACGACUCCAUGGAGGCUGGCAAGUUGAGGCAGCCGCCCAAGGUCCUGUUCCUGGAGAGGCAACCCGAGUUUGCUUGGCACGCAGGCAUGCUUCUCCCCGGCGCCAGGAUGCAGAUUUCCUUCAUAAAAGAUCUCGCGUCACUGCGGGACCCACGCUCCAACUUCACCUUUCUCAACUACCUCCACAAGAAUAACCGGCUUGUCGACUUUACAAAUCUCAACACAUUCCUACCGGCGCGGGUCGAAUACGAGGAUUAUCUCCGCUGGUGCGCCCGCCACUUCGACGACGUUGUACGUUACCAGAACGAGGUGCAGUCCGUAUCCCCCGUUCAGGAGGAAGGCCCCCUCAAGACGUUCUCCGUCACAUCUCGGAACACCAAGACGGGCGCCGUCACCACCUACCGCGCAAGGAAUGUCGUUAUAGCUCUCGGCGGCCAGGCCUCGAUUCCCAAGCUGUUCCCGCAACAGCAUCCCCGUGUUAUUCACUCGUCACAAUACGCCCAACAGGUUCCCAGUAUCCUGCAUGACAAGUCAGCCGCUUAUCGUGUUGCCGUCAUUGGCGCUGGCCAGAGCGCAGCCGAGAUCUUCAACAACGUCCAAAGCUUGUAUCCCAAUAGCAAAACAUACUUGGUCAUGCGGUCCGAGUUCCUCAAGCCGAGCGACGACUCCCCCUUCGUCAAUUCCAUCUUUAAUCCCGAAUUUAUCGACACCAUCUACCCCAAACCACCAGCCUACCGCGCGAACCUCCUCGCCGAUGCGCGUACCACCAACUACGGCGUUGUCCGCCUCGAGCUGAUCGAGCACCUCUACGAGAUCAUGUACCACCAGAAGCGGACACUUGGGCCGGAUGAGAAAAAGUGGCCACACCGAAUCCUGGCUGGGCGGGACAUUGUCAGGGUCGAGGAAAAGGGGGACAGGUUGCAUCUCAAGACGGCCUUGGUCCCCAUGCCCGGUGCCAGCGUGCCGGACGGGCCCUUGCUGGAGGAGGAAAUCCUGGAUGUGGACCUGGUCAUCUGCGCAACCGGAUAUAAGCGGACAGCCCAUUUGGACAUGCUCCGAGAUACGUGGCACAUGCUCCCGGCCGUGGGCGAUGAGAGCGGGAUGCCGAGACGAGACGGAUGGCUGGUGGGGGUGCCCAACAAUGACCAUAAGGAGGAGACGUCCACGCGGGUGAUGGAGGUGGGCCGUGACUAUCGGGUCCGUUUCUCGGCGGGCGCGGUGGCCCCCGGAUCAGGCGUUUGGUUGCAAGGCUGCUGCGAGGCCACCCAUGGUUUGAGUGAUACCCUUCUUUCUGUGCUGUCGACGCGGUCUGGCGAGAUGGUGGAGUCGAUUUUUGGAUCAUCAGCAUAA